UAUCUCUCUUAGUUCAAACACAUCCUCGCUUUUUCUUUCACAAAGCUGUCUUUUAUCAUUGUUUGGCUCCCCACUGUCUUUCACACUCGGUGCCCUUUCCGCUUUUUAUUCCAAACAAAGUUUUUCCACACAAUUGACAAAUUUUCUGAAAUUUUACUUACUAAAAUUCAUACUAAGAUUGGGGACUCUUGUAAUCGAUCUACUAUUGUUCAUCCUCUUGCUUUUUAUUUCACAAAGCUGUCUUUUGUCAUAGCUGUCUUUCAGAGUCGGUGCCCUUUCCACUUCUCAUUCCAAACAUAGUUUUCCCACACAAUUGGGAAAUUAUCUGAAAUUCCUUCUCGAUCGAUCUUUUGUUCUCUUGAUUGAAAUCAAGAAGAUCAGAGAGAAUGGCUGAGAUUGCAGUAGAAUUUCUACUCAAUCACUUGACCAACUUCAUUCAACAAGAGUCAAGCCUCUUGGGAGGAAUAAGGGAAGAAGCUGAGUCCCUCAGAUAUGAAUUGGAGCACAUGAAGGAUUUCCUCAAAGAAGCUGAUGCAAAUGAAUUCAAUAACUCAGAGCUCCAAGUAUGGGUUAAACAAGUGCGUGAUGUUGCCCAUGACAUGGAAGAUGUUCUUGAUGAAUUCAUGCUCCACAUCGCACACUAUCAUGGGGAUGGAUUCUAUGGUUUUCUUUGUAAUAUUUGCUCUUUGAUUAAGAACUUGAUAGCUCGCCAUCAAAUUGCAUCUGAGAUAGGCAAAAUAAAAUCCAGAGUCAACAAUAUACAUCAAAGCUACCGACAAAGACUCAGCAUCUCUGAGCAUGGAUCAAGCUCCACCGUUGACAACAACCCAAGGUAUGAUCGUCGAGGUGAUGCACUUCUAGUGGAAGAGGCUGAGCUUGUUGGCAUGGAUGGGCCCAAGAAACAGCUGAUUGGGUGGCUUCUGGAGGACAGUCCAAGACUCAAAAGUUGUUUCGGUGGUGGGGAUGGGGGGUAUGGGAAAAACCACCCUAGUAAAGAAAGUCUAUGAUGAUAUGGAGGUGAAGAAUCGUUUCCAAUGUCAUGCUUGGAUCACUGUUUCUCAAUCAUUUGAUCUCAGAGAGCUUCUCAAAGAUGUAAUGCGAAUACUCUUCAAUGAAGCCAAGCAACCUGCCCCUCAAAGAUUGGAAACCAUGGGCAUCAAUAACUUGAAAGCGGAAAUCAAAGAUUUCCUUCGACAGAGAAGGUACGUGCUUGUUUUAGAUGAUGUAUGGCAAAUAGAUGCAUGGAAUGCUUUUAAAUAUGCAUUCCCUGACAACGAUAGUGGCAGCCGAAUACUGCUCAUGACCCGCAUUGUUGAUGUAGCUUCUACUGAUGACAUCUAUACCAUUGUCCUCGGAAGAGUCUUUGACUCUGUUCUGUAAGAAGACAUUCCGAGGCAACCACUGCCCUCAAUAUUAAGAGAAACUCUCACAAAGUAUCUUAGAAAAGUGUGAGGGCUUGCCACUUGCAAUUGUAACUUGAAAACCUUGAAACUUUGGAUCUCAAAAACAUCUAUGAAACUGAGUUGCCUGUUCAGACCUUAAAGCUCCAGCGUCUUCGUCAUCUCUUGGUGUACCGUGACUUUAAAGCAAUAGUGGGAAUAGAAGGUUUGUCUUCCUUACAAAAACUGUGUUAUAUUGAAGCCAACCGUGAGAAUGGUAGAAUUGUAAUGGGAGAGCUAGGGAGACUGACCCAGCUGAGGAGAUUGGGGAUUAGGGAGUUGAGAAGGGAGGAUGGGAAGGAUUUGUGCUCCUCUCUUGAAAAGCUGAGUAACCUUCAAUCAUUGAACGUUUUUUCUGUAAAAGAGGAGCAGAUUGUUGAUUUUUUAACACUUGUCUUCUCCUCCUGGGUCUCUUCAACGGCUCUAUUUGUGGGGACGUUUAGAAAAUUUGCCUCAUUGAAUAACUUCUCUUCAUAACCUGGUGAGAUUGCGGCUUGCGUACAGCAAGUUAAGGGAUGAUCCAUUGCAAUCCCUUCAAGAAGUUGCGUUUAGCAACUUCUCUAUUUCUGAUAGAAAUUUUACUUUUUGAGGCUUACCCCUUAGAAGGGAGGAAUUGUUAAUCGAAGCGACAGGGUUUCAGAAGCUUAAGAUAUUAAAGCUUUACCCCUUAGAAGGAUUGAGGAGGGUGAGAAUGGAGAAGGGAUCAUUGCCUCAUCUUGAAAAGCUGAUUAUUAGGAACUGUAAGUUGGUGGAAGAGGUACCCACACCCACUGGCAUUCAACAAAUAUUUAUCAGAUAAAUUGAAAAUGACACUGGAUCGAGACAAACAGGGUGGGGAUUAUUGGAAAAUAGCACACAUCCCCAACAUUCAUAUGUCUUGAACUUUCCUGGAGAGUCGUUGGGAAGGAGAUUAUGUAGAGAGAGAGAUAGAGGAGUCCUUGCAAAGUUGAGAUCAUUAGUAUUGAUCAGGAUAACUGAUUCGGAGUAUUCCUAGAAAGCAGUUGGGAAGGAAAUUAUAUAGAGAGAGAAAUGGAGAAGAGUCCUUGCAAACUUCUUGUUGAGAUCAUCACUAUCUAAUGUUUUUAUUUUAUUUUUAUGAUUAAGUUGUUGUA